ACCAGUGCACUGUAUCGUUCCUUCUCCAAACGCUGCGUCUCGGUCGAUCACUGAGUUCCAAGUCAUCUCAGCAACAAAAGCAGCUCUGAGGCUUUCCCCUCAAGCUCCGGCGAGUUGAAGGCGCACUGGAAGCGCGCCUUAGAUACGCUUGGACUCUAGAGGCAUACGCUUUUUGAAAAAUCCCGAUCGUGCUGUACAAAUUGAUGAACAAACAUGAGCGUUGAACCAUUCAAUAGGUUGGUGAAGCUUGCAGCUAGAGCAUUUUAUGACGAUAUAACAACCAAAGGAGACAACCAGCCCAAGACUGGGAGGAGUGAUAACCGGGGCAUUGCUGUAGUGGUGCUUGAUGCUCUCACAAGACGACAAUGGGUUAGAGAAGAAGAUUUGGCAAAGGACUUAAAGCUUCACUCAAAGCAGCUUCGUCGGACUCUACGAUUUUUUGAAGAAGAAAAAUUAGUUACCCGGGAUCAUAGGAGAGAGACAGCUAAGGGUGCAAAAAUAUAUAGUGCUGCAAUAGCUGCCACAGGUGAUGGACAACAGACUAAGGAGGGAGAUGAAAAGAUAAAGCUGCAUACUCACUCUUACUGUUGCUUAGAUUAUGCGCAGAUUUAUGAUGUUGUAAGAUAUAGAUUGCAUCGUAUGAAGAAAAAACUAAAAGAUGAACUGGAGGACAAGAACACAGUUCAGGAGUAUAUAUGCCCCAAUUGUGGCAAAAGAUACAAUGCUUUAGAUGCACUGCGACUGAUAUCUAUGGAAGAUGAAUAUUUUCAUUGUGAAAGUUGCAAUGGGGAACUUGUAGCGGAGAGUGACAAGUUAGCUUCUCAAGAGAUAGGUGAUGGGGAUGACAAUGCCAGGAGGCGGCGACGUGAAAAGUUGAAAGACAUGCUUCAAAAAAUGGAGGUACAGCUUAAGCCAUUAAUGGACCAACUCAGCAGAGUAAAAGAUUUGCCUGUUCCUGAAUUUGGAAGUCUUCAAGCGUGGGAAGCACGAGCCAAUGCUGCUGGACGUGCAGCUAAUGGUGAUUCUAAUGCUAACGAUUCCUCCAAAUCUUCUCAAGGGCUAGGAUUUGGUGGAACACCAAUGCCUUUUGUUGGAGAGACAAAGGUCGAAGUUGCUUUUUCUGGUGUCGGAGUUAAGGAAGAGGAUAGUAAAUCUGAAAUUGCAAACGCCAGUUUGAAAGUCUUGCCACCCUGGAUGAUCAAGGAAGGGAUGAACCUUACAAAAGAGCAACGAGGAGAGAUCAAGCAAGAGUCUAAAAUGGGGAGCAGUUCAGCACCUCUAGGAUCUUCAGAUGACAAAAAAUCAACCACUAACAAAGAUGAAGAGAAAAAUUUACAGGAUGAGUAUGUUAAAGCUUAUUAUGCUGCUAUACUUAAGAGGCAACAAGAACAAGAAGAAGCUGCCAAGAAGCAACUGGAGCUGUCAAAUGCACAUAUCUCCAAUAGUGUUUUGGGUACAUCUUCUAAUCGUCAAGUUGGCAUGAAGUCCAAACGGGAUGAAGAUGAGGGAGAUGAUGACUUUGAAUGGGAAGAGGCUCCAACUGCUGGCAAUAAAAGUGAAAGUUUCAAGGUUAAUGACUUGAAUGUUCAAGCUGAUGCUUCAGGAGAUGAUGAGGAUGAUAUAGACUGGGAAGAGGGUUGAGUGGUUUUCUCCGGACCUUCUGUCAAGUUAUGCUGGUGUAUAAGUAGAAGAGCGCUCGAACCAUUAUAAAAUGCCAAUUUUUGUUUGUUUUGUUUACGUCUUUGAUGACACAGAAAUAGGUUUUUUCUGCGUAUAAAUACAUAUUGGAAACUUGAACCCAGGCCAACUAAUUCCUACUCUCCAAUUCUUAAGGCUUUUUUUAUUUAUUUAUUUUUUUUGGGGGGGGGGCUCUUUUUAUCAACUACUGUAAUUCUUUUGUUAUUGUCAUUAUAAGAGGGAGCCCUUGGGAGUCGGCCGGCAACGACUAAAGUUGAUGUCGGUGCAUUAUAGUGUUGAAUACAAUGUACAUGGCAGGUUUUGGUCAAAGGAUGAUAUUAUUUCAGUUUAAAUCAA